GGUAGCUUUUUUCUUAGUGGUACAUAAAAUUGUUGUUCAUCUUUCAGUUGAUAGUGCUGUGUAUAUACAGCAUUUUAUCUGUUCUACUAACAACCAUGUUGUGAUUUACUUGUUUAAUCUUUCCUAAUUUAAUUAUAAACUCCUUUUGUGUUUUAUUUACUUGCCCCAAAAUGGUUAGCACCCAGGAGCUCAAUAAACAUUUAAUGAAUGAAUAAUGUUCUAAUAUAGUGGACACAUGACAUUGUUUUCAAUAGUUUAAAAUUGUCCAACCUAAAUUUAGUAGGGAAUAAAAUGGGGAGGAAAAACCAUAGAUUUGUGGAGUAUAGAAAUGAGAUUUUAUUUUAUCUUUUUGAAGUUUCUUUUUGAAAGAGAAAGAAAGCACAAGUGGGGGAGGGACAGAGAAGGAGAGGGAGAUACAGAAUCUGAAGCAGGCUAUAGGCUCUGAGCUGUUAGUGCAGAGCCUGACACAUGGCUCGAACCCAUGAACUGUGAGAUCAUGGCCUGAGCCAAAGUUGGAUGCUUAACUGACUGAGUCACCCAGGUGCCCCUAGAAAUGAAAUUUUAAAACUGUAAUUAUUGGCAAUAUGCAAAAAUGAACUUGUGCCCUACUUAUAUCCUUCUAUGGUUUCAUAUUUGUAUUUGUCUGUUUUUAUUCUGUUAAGAAAGUAUAGCUCAGGUUAUUAUGAGGAUUAAAUUUAGAUAAUGCUUGUAAAGUGCCUAGCACAAACACAUGAGCAGUUUCAUUUAAUCCUUCUCAUCCCUUUAAACAGCUUUUCCUUAAGCAUAAGAACCAUGGUUCAAGCUAUAUUAAAAUCAGUUUUCUGUGUUAAUCACUUGAACUACAUCGUUAUUAGUAGAAUUUCAUCACAAAUAGCAUUUUAUCAUAUUAUGGCUAAGUAGGCUUGGGGAUAUAACUACCUAGAGAAUCUACCAAUAUUUCAUAAUAAUGUUAAUUAGGGAAAAUGUGGUUCAGUUUUCCCAACAACCUACUUUGCAAACCUUUGGAAUAUAAACCCAUUUUUAAGUUGCAGAAUCUCUAUACUAACAUAUUUCUCACUGAAUAUGGGGAAAUUAUAAUUUUUUAUUUGGUAAUUAGAGGAAUUACCUUCCCAAUCCAGGUCAUAAUUUAAUAAGGAUAGUACUUCAGAUUUGUAUAGCAUUUAAGAAAAUCUGUAUACCAGAAAUCAUCUUUAUGAAUCCUUCCCUGACCCGAUUUCGUUCCCAUAAGUGUCCAAAACAGGAUUGGAAGUCUCUUCUGUGAAUUUUCAUGGUACACUAGGCUUAUUUCUGCCAUACCUGUAGUAUACAAUGACUGUUUACUUACCUAUUUCCUCUCUGGCGUCAGCUUUUUGAGGGUGAGAACCAAGUUUUUAUUCAUCAAUGGGAACCUCUAGCAUGCUGAUUUCCCCAAAUGCCCAGGAAGUAUAUCAGGGCCUGCCAUGAACAUACUCAAAUGUCUCUUUGAUUGAAUUGGAAUUAAAUUAGUUGCUUAUAUAAGCAAGUUGUAACUGGAAAGAGGCUCUAGAAUCGUUGCCCUAAAUAUACUUGAAAUGAAAUAUCCUAUGAAAUAUGUCUUAUAUUCUACAUCAUCAUGGCAUUUAGUUGAGUCUGAGAAGGGAGUUAUAUGGCAGUUGGUUCUCAAUUAUAUGCUUUUCCUUUUUUUUAGAGAAAGAGUGCACAUGAGCAGGGAAGAGUGGCAGAGAGAGAGAGAGAGACAGAGAGAGAGAUAGAAAGAGAGAGAGAGAGAGAGACAGACAGAGAAUGUCAAGCUGGCUCCAUGCUCAGCACAGAGCCUGACACUGGGCUCAAUCCCCCAACUCUGGGAUCAUGACCUGAGCUGAAAUCAAGAGUCAGACACUCAACCGACUGAGCCACCCAAGUGCCCUGGAACUAUAUACUUUAUUAGAGUCUUCUGUAUGGAUUUUAUUGGCUUUUAAACUCUGACUCCAAGCCUGCUUGCUUUCUUCCUGUUGUGAUAUUGUCAAAGCAGAAUAGUAGCUUGUAUAAGUUCUGAUCCAUGAGUAUAGCUACAAAUAUUGAUUGUAAGACUAAACAGUUAUAAUUAGCUCUUGUAAAACAUCACAAUGCUUUGUAUUCUGUCUGCUUUCUUGUUUUCAUUACUGAUAUCUCAGUGGUGUUUGAGGCUAGAUCAUUGUAGUAAAGUUGCCGUAUCUUUUUUUCUCGUUACUUGUAAGAUUUUGGAAAAAUAAGUUAUUAAUUAGGUUGGGUAAGUGGUGGAAAUAAAAUUUCCAACUUUUUCUAAACCUAAGUGAAGCAGAAUUCUUUAUUAUCAGAGGUAUAAGAUUACAGUUCUUUCAGUGCUGCAACAGUCUGUCUUUAUCCAUCCAUUUAAAAUAAACUAUAUUUUUGUGUGAUCUGACUCAGCAGGUUGGAAGUCCCCAUGGAGUAAAUAUCUUAUCUGAAAGUGGUUUUAAAUGAGCCCUGGAAGAAAGCGAGACUUUUCCCCUGUUUCUUGGAGUCAGUACUUUGAGUCCAUGGAAGAUGUAGAAGUAGAGAAUGAAACUGGCAAGGAUACUUUUCGAGUUUACAAGAGUGGUUCAGAGGGUCCUGUCCUACUCCUUCUGCAUGGAGGAGGCCAUUCUGCCCUAUCCUGGGCUGUGUUCACGGCGGCGAUCAUUAGUAGGGUUCAGUGUAGAAUUGUGGCUUUAGAUCUGCGAGGUCAUGGUGAAACAAAAGUCAAGAAUUCUGAAGACCUGUCUGCAGAAACAAUGGCAAAGGAUGUUGGCAAUGUGGUUGAAGCCAUGUAUGGGGACCUCCCUCCUCCAAUUAUGCUGAUUGGACAUAGUAUGGGUGGAGCUAUUGCAGUCCACACAGCAUCAUCUAACCUAGUGCCAAGCCUCCUGGGUCUCUGUAUGAUCGAUGUUGUAGAAGGUACAGCCAUGGAUGCACUUAAUAGCAUGCAGAAUUUCUUACGUGGUCGUCCUAAAACCUUCAAGUCUCUAGAGAAUGCCAUUGAAUGGAGUGUGAAGAGUGGUCAGAUUCGAAAUUUGGAGUCGGCCCGUGUCUCCAUGGUUGGCCAAGUCAAACAGUGUGAAGGAAUUACAAGUCCAGAAGGCUCAAAAUCUAUAGUGGAAGGAAUCAUAGAGGAAGAAGAAGAAGACGAAGAAGGAAGUGAGUCAGUAAACAAGAGGAAAAAGGAGGAUGACAUGGAGACCAAGAAAGACCAUCCGUACACUUGGAGAAUUGAACUGGCGAAAACAGAAAAAUACUGGGAUGGCUGGUUCCGAGGCUUAUCCAAUCUCUUUCUUAGUUGUCCUAUUCCUAAAUUGCUGCUCUUGGCUGGUGUUGAUAGAUUGGAUAAGGAUCUGACUAUUGGCCAAAUGCAAGGAAAGUUCCAGAUGCAGGUCCUACCCCAGUGUGGCCACGCAGUCCAUGAGGAUGCCCCCGACAAGGUAGCUGAAGCUGUUGCCACUUUCCUGAUCCGGCACAGGUUUGCAGAGCCCAUCGGUGGAUUCCAGUGUGUGUUUCCUGGCUGUUAGUAACCUGCUAUCCGUCCCUCCCCCAACACUGAGCUCUGUUGUAAAUACAUCGCACCAGAGGCCACUGUGAUGCCGCUGUCUCCUCCUCACCAUCCCGCCCGACCAUGUGACACCGGCUCCCUCUAGACGGGCAUCCCCAGAUGUACAAACCCUUUUGUGUAUUCCUGCCAAAAGCAUUGUUUUCCAGGGCCUUUGACCAACCUCGACCAACUUAGUCCAAGGCUCCCCAGCUCCCACCCCUUCCCUGUUUAGGGGUAACCCCUGCCUGUUCUUCCUACCUUGCCUAGGGUGAAGCCUCCAUCAGAACUGCCACCCUGGGCCCCUAUUCCUGGUAUUAGGCAAUGCACCUGGGUCCAAAUGUCUCCCCAGGCUCAGGGACCUCCAUUCCUUAAGAUUGUUCUUGGUAUGGUCCUGCCCUACCUCAUGGGAUGGACCAUGCACAGGGUGGUCCUUAUAUUUCCUUUCAAAUAAAAUACCAGUCAGGUACCUUUUUAUCCCAGUCUUACUCUUCCAGGCUUGGAAGACCCAGAGAGGCCAGGAUCCCAUCCUUAGGAAUGGGGAGGGGUGUUGGAUAGCAUCACAAGAAGCCAGCCUGAAAAUCAGGUCCAGCCAGUCCAAGCACAUGGCCUCCCAUCUGGGGAGAGCCCACUGUCCCUCUCCCACAUGUCUGGGCACCUGCCCUGGGCUGAGGCCAGGCUGCUCCAGGGGCCUCUUGAGCCCUCACCUGCCACAGAACAACCCAGGUUAAAUACAGCCCAUGCACAAAGCCAUAGGCCAAAGCCUGUGGAGUUGUUUUUAAGAAUCAAAUUUAACCAUUUUCAUAACUGGUCCCUGGAGGUUUGCAGAGUGCCCGCUUGCCUCUUCUAGACCCACAGCUUAUCUUCACCAUUUGUGGUUUCCAUGUCACUCUUCAUAGAAACAGUACAGCCCAGCAUCCUCAAUCUUUGCCCUCUUCCAGCUGCCUCAUCACAGCACUGCGGCCUCCCCCUACUGCCCAGGCACGCCAUUUCCAAGGGCAGGAAGGGGCAGUCUCCUGCAGCCCAUCUUUUCUGUGACUGUCUUAGGUGAUGCGUAACCCCCUCCACCUUUCCACCCAACAACUUCCUAUCCCUGUCCUGCUGCACGGUCCAGAGUCUGGGACCUACUUUGUUUCUUUGUUAUUUAUGACCUUGUUUAAAGAAAAUAAAUAUCUCCCAAUGUUUAUUGA